AUGCAAUACACUUCUCUGACUGAUGAUCACCAGCCAAGUGAUAGUCUUAGCGAUCAAUACCUAAGCGAAUGCGAUGCAACUCUGGAGAAGUUCAGCUUAAACUGGAAUGAGCAUGAGCAGCUGGAUUUUAUCGAACGCAUUCUCAGUCGCAUGUCUCAUAAUCAGUUAUUCUUCACGCAUAUGCUGAUUCAGCCGAUGCUGCAAAGGGAUUUUAUCGCUUUGCUGCCGCAGCAUCUUGCCGAAGUUAUUCUCUACAACUUGGAUUCUCGAACAUUAGCCGCUUGUGAAGCUGUGAGCACAAAAUGGAGAGCAGUGCUGGCUAGAGGCCAACUUUGGAGGAAAUUUAUUGAACGAAAUGUUCGACUGGACAAUAUGUGGCGAGGACUGAGUGAGAAGAAAAAAUGGCGUAAAUUCAUCAUGGCUACGAGAGAAUGUGCCGCAAGUGAGAUUUGUAACAACUAUCGAGUUCCAUAUGAGAUGAUGCGAGGUUCUGCGGAGAUGGUCAUGUUACAACAUCGAUUCUACAGAGAACUUUUCCCAAAAGUGGUAAAUGACAUCGCGAAGAUCGAGUCGAAUUGGCGCAAUGGCGUUUACAAACUGAGCACUAUCAAUUGCCGAUCGGAGAAUAGUAAAGGAGUUUAUUGUUUGCAAUAUGACGACGAGAAGAUCGUGUCGGGACUUCGUGACAAUACCAUCAAAGUAUGGAAUCGCCAGGAUUUGAGCUGCGAACGGGUACUUUCUGGACAUACGGGUUCUGUGCUAUGUCUACAGUAUGACGAGAGGGUCAUCAUCUCAGGUUCUUCUGAUGCUACCGUCCGUGUAUGGGAUGUUAAGACGGGAGAAUGUCUGAAUACGCUGAUUCAUCAUUGUGAAGCUGUUCUACACCUUCGUUUCAACGAUGGCAUCAUGGUCACUUGUUCGAAAGAUCGUUCGAUUGCUGUUUGGGACAUGGUGUCCCCGCGUGAAAUAAAUCUUCGGCGAGUUCUGGUAGGACAUCGUGCCGCUGUGAAUGUUGUCGACUUCGAUGAUCGUUAUAUAGUCAGUGCGUCUGGAGACAGAACCAUAAAGGUCUGGUCUGCUGACAGUUACGAAUUCGUACGCACUCUUUCUGGACACAAACGAGGUAUUGCAUGUCUACAGUAUCGAGGACGCCUUGUCGUUUCGGGAUCCAGUGACAACACUAUCAGACUGUGGGAUAUUCAUUCUGGAGUAUGUUUGCGCGUCCUUGAAGGCCAUGAAGAACUUGUGCGAUGUAUUCGUUUCGAUGAUAAGCGUAUCGUUUCUGGAGCUUACGAUGGAAAAAUUCGAGUUUGGGACUUGGAAGCUGCGCUCGACCCACGUUCAUCGCCCAAUUCGCUAUGUCUCAGCACUUUGGUACAACAUACUGGACGCGUAUUUCGCCUGCAAUUUGAUGAUUUUCAAAUCGUCAGCAGCUCUCAUGACGACACUAUUCUUAUAUGGGAUUUUCUAGUUGAGCCAACUGCACAGCAAGCUGCUGGGACAACUCCGCCCACCAGCACACAGGAUGAUCCUGCACCACCUACUGCAUUGCCGUCCAGCUCAGCCGAACGGACGAUUGCCACAGAUGGAGCGAUCAGCCCUCCACAGAGCCCGCCAAGAGCUGAUGAUGUUGGCCAGGCUGGACCGAGCACCUCUAGAGGAUGGAAUGGAGAGAACGCCUCCUUACGUUUUGUGCAGAAGCCAUUUUAUUCUCCUCUCUACCAUGGGAUCGACGACCAUAUGGACGAUGGAACUGCGUCUCCAAACAACGGAGAAGAACAACGACCUGCUGACACGGUUCAGAUGGAAUCUUCCACUUAUGAAGAGCCUACGGAUCCGAAUGCACCAGGACCUUCUAAUCGACAAGGACGGCCUCCGGCCAACCCGAAACCAUUCGAUAGAAAUGCCUAA